AUGUUUUCCGAAUCAUCUAAAGUCCGUCACAUGCGCACUCAUACUGGUGAAAAACCAUUUGAGUGCACCGUUUGCCACAAGACGUUUGCCGUGUCUGGCGAUUUGAAUAUUCAUUUUAGAACGCACACAGGAGAGAAACCAUUCGAGUGCGACGUGUGCCACAAGUUGUUUACCCAAUUAGCUCAUCUCCGUAUUCACACGCGUACUCACACUGGUGAAAAACCAUAUGAGUGUACUGUGUGCAACAAGAUGUUGACCAACUCUUCCGCUUUGAAGAUUCAUUUGCGAACGCACACAGGAGAGAAACCAUUUGAGUGCGACGUGUGCCACAAGUUGUUUGCCCAAUUAUCUGGUCUCCGUGCUCAUAUGCGAAGUCAUAAUGGUGAAAAACCAUUCGAGUGCACUGUGUGCCACAAGACGGUGACCAGUCAUGCCUCUUUGAAGAGUCAUUUGCGAACGCACACAGGAGAGAAACCAUUUGAGUGCAACGUGUGCCACAAGUUGUUUGCCCACUUAUCUGCUCUUCGCAAACACAUGCGAACUCAUAAAGGAAGAAAAUGA